UUUUGUCUAUAAAACCCAGUCAACCGUCAUUUGUUACUGAAAGAACCCGGAAGUAGCGCAGCAUCGUAGACACACCGGUGGCACAAUUUGUCUUGUCAAAAUGCAGAUCUUUGUGAAGACCCUGACUGGUAAAACAAUCACCCUCGAGGUUGAGCCCAGUGACACCAUUGAGAAUGUAAAGGCAAAGAUCCAGGAUAAAGAGGGUAUCCCUCCUGACCAGCAGCGUCUGAUUUUCGCUGGCAAACAGCUGGAGGAUGGCCGCACCCUCUCCGACUACAACAUCCAGAAGGAAUCCACCCUCCAUCUUGUACUCCGUUUGAGGGGAGGCAUGCAAAUCUUCGUGAAGACCCUGACUGGUAAGACCAUCACCCUGGAGGUUGAGCCCAGUGACACCAUUGAAAAUGUCAAGGCAAAGAUCCAGGAUAAAGAGGGCAUCCCCCCUGACCAGCAGCGUCUGAUCUUUGCUGGGAAGCAGCUUGAAGAUGGUCGCACCCUCUCUGACUACAACAUCCAGAAAGAAUCUACACUCCAUCUGGUCUUGCGUUUGAGGGGAGGCAUGCAGAUCUUUGUGAAGACCCUGACUGGUAAGACCAUCACCCUGGAGGUUGAGCCCAGUGACACCAUUGAAAACGUCAAGGCAAAGAUCCAGGAUAAAGAGGGCAUCCCCCCUGACCAGCAGCGUCUGAUCUUCGCCGGCAAACAGCUGGAAGAUGGCCGCACCCUCUCCGACUACAACAUCCAGAAGGAAUCCACCCUCCAUCUUGUGCUCCGUCUCCGAGGAGGCAACUAAGCUGCUUCUGCUUCCAAAAGAUCCUCUUUAAGCCUCCAUUUAUUCAAAUGUUACAGUCACUGGCUGUGAUCUGCUGUUAGUCAUUCCUUUUUCUUUUUCUUUAAAACUUUUCAAUAAAGGCUGAACAUGCCUGAAUGUCUUUUAUUUUACUUUAAUUUUAACUAUAUAGUUAUACACUUGCUAAUACUCUGCAUACAACUGAUAUUGUAGCCAUUCAGAAGUUGAACUGAAGUCCUUUAUGUUUGGUAAUGGAUGACAUCUGUUAAAAGGAAAUAGUCUGGUAAAAUCGCUUAUUCAGCAUCAAGGUUACUUGCAAGUUUAACCUGCCUUUGAUGUGGAUGUUGAUAAAUAAUAAAGUGUAUUGUCAAACUGC